GAGUCAUUCAAUUCCCAGACUAAUAUUAACGUGCGCCGACUGCUAACCAAAUUCUACGUAACCAAUCUCCCUCAUCUAUAAAUAGACGUCCCACAUUUCCAACCAAAAAUGUAAAGAAGCUUAAAUCCUCAACUAUAACCAAAAUCAAAAAUGGGUUUGGCAAGAAUGAUUAUGUUGGCAGUUGCUGCAGCUAGCAUGAUUUCCAUGGCAUCUGCCAUCGCUGGAACCGCCACUUACUACAGCCCCAUCGUCCCAUCGUCAUGCUACGGGUUUGAAGACAGAGGCACGAUGGUAGCAGCUGCAAAUCCUGCGCUCUUCAACAACCGUGCAGCCUGUGGGCAGAGAUACACAGUCCGGUGCACCGGACCCACAAACCAAGGCGUGCCGCAGCCAUGCCGCAACGGCCCCAUCACCGUCACCAUCGUUGAUCUCUGCCCUGGUUGCGCCGCCGACCAGAUUGAUCUCUCCGAGCAAGCUUUCAACGCUAUUGCUGACCCUAACGCUGGAAGAAUCCUCAUCGACUAUAACCCGUCAGAUCACUAACUAUCUUCUUUUCUCUCUUAUUUUGCGUUGUUUACUGAUUCCCCUAUGUAAUUUUGCAGGGCCCCUUGAUUGCUUAUUUCGGAGCUCAAGGAUCAUCAUUUUCGAUUAUAUAUAUAUAUGCAACAAUAAGAUCUAAUUUAUCUAUAGAUCAUUUCAUUUCCUUAAUAUGUACUACAACUUCUUGUUGAAUAAAUGGCAAGGAUAUAUAUGUACGUAACUAGGUACACAAACUGACCUCUGGAAGAUAUGAUGUACUAGUCUCUUUUUAAUUAUUUCAAAUAAAGCUAGCUUAUA